AUGCCUUCAUUCGUCCCCAAACAGUCAACAUCGUCAUCUUUCUAUCUCCCAUCUGUGGAUAUUGCACCUUUCCUCAAAGACCCCACUAGCCCAGCAUCCCAGCAGGUCGUGGAAGAUAUCCGUGCAGCAUGCAUUUCGACAGGCUUCUUUCAAAUGACCGGCCACGGAGUGCCUGCAUCCCUCCAACAAUCCGUCUUCGACGCAGCGGCCAAAUUCUUCAAGCUGCCACGGGACGUUAAGACCAAACUCGACGCCCGCAGUAACCUUGGAUUUCGAGGCUAUGAUGUGAUGGGCACACAGUUGUACGAAGAUGAUGUGCUCCCUGACCUGAAGGAAGGAUUCUUUCUGGGCCAGCAUAUUUCCGCUGAUGACCCUCGUGCUCAGGCACGCCGGUUCUUUAUGGGCCCUAAUGUCUGGCCGCCUACCGAGCUGCUAGAUUCCGAGGACUUCCAAGAGCCUAUUGAGAAAUACUACGAGGCUAUGACCCGUUUAUCUCAUGUUGUGCUCGAUCUCGUCGCUGCGACACUCCCCUACGGCCCACACGUCUUUGACGAGUUUAAAGCUAACGACCCGGCCUGCCCUAUGAGACUCCUACAUUACCCUCCAACUCGUCUAUCGGGUGAAGCGCAGAAGAGGCAGUUAGGUAGCAGCGCUCACACGGAUUUUGGCGCGGUGACGCUAUUGCUGCAAGAUGAGCACCCAGGACUGGAAGUGCAGGACCGCGAAACGGGAGAAUGGAUCGGUGUUCCACCCAACCCUGCGGCGUAUGUUGUCAAUAUGGGGGAUAUGAUCAGUCGCAUCACUCGUGGGGUGUACAAGAGUAGUAUCCACCGGGUGGUGAACAAGAACCCGACAGAUCGAUUCAGCGUGGUCUAUUUCUUUGAUGGGAACAUUGACUUCAAGUUGUAUCCUCUCGAUGGUGUUGGCGAGGAUGAGAAAACGCCCACUGUCGAGGAACAUAUGAUUGAGCGAACUAUGGCUUCCUACAACAUGACCAAGAAGGAAGACUCAUGA